AUGGGUACGGAGGACUACACAUUCCCUGAAGGAGCAGAACAGCCGCAUCGCGGCCUCCACACGGUUGAGGCUCCACAGCCUCAGCCGUUCUUGAAGUCACUUCAGUACGCAGUGAAGGAAACUCUGUUUCCAGACGAUCCUUUUAGGCAGUUUAAGAACCAAAAGACAUCUAAAAAGAUUGUACUAGGACUCAAAUACUUCUUGCCGAUAUGCGAAUGGGCUCCACGCUACAAUCUCAAGUUCUUGAAAUCGGAUCUCAUAGCCGGAAUCACCAUUGCUAGCCUCGCCAUCCCUCAGGGCAUCAGUUACGCCAAGCUCGCUAACUUGCCUCCAAUUCUUGGCCUUUACUCGAGUUUUGUACCGCCAUUGGUAUAUGCGGUGCUAGGGAGUUCAAGGGAUUUGGCGGUGGGAACGGUUGCGGUUGCGUCUCUCUUGACAGGUGCAAUGCUGAGCAAAGAAGUUGAUGCUGAGAAAGAUCCUAAGCUUUACCUUCAUCUUGCUUUCACCGCCACGUUUUUCGCCGGCGUUCUCGAAGCAUCUCUCGGCAUUUUCAGGUUAGGGUUUAUAGUGGAUUUUCUAUCGCAUGCAACGAUAGUGGGAUUCAUGGGAGGAGCAGCGACGGUGGUUAGCCUGCAACAGCUUAAGGGUAUUUUCGGACUUAAACAUUUUACCGACGCCACUGAUGUUAUCUCCGUCAUGCGUUCCGUUUUCUCCCAGACUCACCAGUGGAGAUGGGAGAGUGGCGUUCUCGGCUGUGGUUUCCUUUUUUUCCUUUUUUCCACUAAAUAUUUCAGCACGAAGAAACCAAAAUUCUUUUGGGUGGCGGCAAUGGCUCCUUUGACCUCAGUGAUUCUUGGAAGCCUCUUGGUUUACUUCACCCACGCUGAGAAACAUGGUGUUCAAGUGAUAGGGAACUUGAAGAAAGGGUUGAAUCCAAUUUCCGUUAAUGAUCUCGUCUUUACUUCGCCUUACAUGUCGACAGCUAUCAAGACUGGCCUCAUCACUGGCGUCAUCGCUCUAGCUGAAGGAAUAGCUGUGGGGAGGAGCUUUGCCAUGUUCAAGAACUACAACAUAGACGGGAACAAAGAGAUGAUAGCAUUUGGAAUGAUGAACAUCGUUGGUUCCCUCACAUCUUGCUACCUCACAACCGGACCCUUUUCAAGGUCGGCCGUGAACUACAACGCGGGUUGCAAAACCGCGGUGUCGAACAUAGUGAUGGCGAUUGCGGUUAUGUUCACAUUGCUCUUCCUCACGCCGCUUUUCCACUACACACCACUCGUUGUUCUCUCUUCCAUCAUCAUGGUCGCAAUGCUCGGACUCAUUGACUAUCAAGCUGCCAUUCAUCUCUGGAAAGUAGACAAAUUCGACUUCCUGGUCUGCAUGAGCGCCUACUUUGGCGUCGUAUUCGGUAGUGUCGAGAUUGGACUCGUCGUUGCAGUGGCGAUAUCGAUAGCGAGGUUGUUGCUGUUCGUGUCAAGGCCAAGGACCGCAAUGAAGGGAAACAUACCAAACAGCAUGAUCUAUAGGAACACCGAGCAGUAUCCUUACUCAAGAACCGUUCCUGGUCUUCUCAUCUUGGAGAUUGAUGCUCCAAUCUACUUUGCCAACGCCGGUUACUUGCGUGAGAGAAUAACAAGGUGGAUCGAUGAAGAGGAAGAAAGAGUCAAAGCAUCAGGAGAAAGCAGCUUGCAAUAUAUUAUACUCGAUAUGUCCGCCGUUGGUAACAUUGACACGAGUGGUAUAAGCAUGAUGGAGGAAAUUAAGAAAGUCAUCGACAGAAGAGCUUUAAAGUUAGUAUUGGCAAAUCCAAAAGGAGAGGUGGUGAAGAAAUUAACAAGAUCCAAUUUCAUUGGUGAACAUUUGGGCAAAGAAUGGAUGUUCUUAACGGUAGGAGAAGCCGUGGAGGCUUGUAGCUACAUGCUUCACACCCUUAAAGCCGAACCAGCCUCCCAAAAAGAGUCUUGGAACAACGUAUAG